AUCUCCAUAUUUUCCUUGUAAUGUAUUUUGCUUAUAUUGCUCUGUUUCUGUUGUCAAUGACGAUAUAUCUGGGCUUUUUGUUGUUGUGGUGGUGGUGGUGAAAUAUUUUAUUUAAGCCUCUAGUUAAUAUUUAUGCUUACUUAACAGAAAAUUUGUUGCUUGAGCUUGCUUCAUUUCGUCCUUUUACUUGUUUAAGUCCUCCAAAAAGUAUUCAUUACUUUAAUAAAUUCCCUCACCAGCAUCAUCACCUCUUAGUCAACAAACUGUUUUUUCCCAAAUGCAAAAAAGGAAAAAAAAAAUAAAUAAAGACAAUCAAGAACAACCAUCAACAACAUGAAAAAAAAAAGAGAAGAAAAAGAUAGCUACUGAAAAACAUUACUACCCAUUUUCAUUAUCAUAAUCCUCUACUAUGCUUUUCCACCUUCUAACCCAUUUUUCCAUUGCAGGAUUUAUUGGAGUUGAGGAGUCCCACAAUCUUUAUGUUCUGUUUGUUUCUCCAUCACUUUUUCAAGGCUGUUCAAUUGGAGUUCCAUCUUCAGAUGGAAGUCGUAUUCUUGGCCUCGGUGACCUUGGAGUUCAGGGAAUAGGAAUACCUAGAUUGGAGGGAGAAGAGUAUCUAUCAAUUGUUGAUGAUUUUAUGGAAGCCGUGCAUACAUGUUGGCCUAAAGCUAUUGUUCAGUUUGAGGAUUUUCAAAUGAAAUGGCCUUUUGAAACAUUACAACGUUAUCGUAAGAGGUUCUGCAUGUUCAACGAUGACAUACAAGGAACUGCUGGUGUUGCUCUCGUUGGACUAUUGGGAACUGUGAGAGCUCAAGGGCGGCCAUUGAGUGAUUUUGUUAACCAAAAGAUAGUAGUGGUAGGGGCUGGAAGUGCAGGGCUCGGUGUUCUUAACAUGACUAUUCAGGCUGUUUCGAGAAUGGCAGGGAACAACGAUUCUAGUUUACUUUAUCAAAAACAAAGAAGAAAAGGAAGGGACCACAAGAAAUCAAUGGUGGAAUCGAUCAGGCAGGGUGUGGAAAAUUACAACUCAGUUUUUGUUUUCACUGUUGAGAACAUGAGAAACCUCAAGUUCAAGGAACUCAGGGAGCAGCUGAAGUCAGCUAGCAGCAAGGAGCAGCUGGCAAACAAAUUUCUUUAUGCCAUAAAUGCGGAUGCUGGUUUUGAUCUAAGCUAAUGGAUGUUGUUGUUUUACCCUUCUUCUUGUUGAUAUACCUUUCGUAACAUCCUUUCAUCCCUAAUCUCAUCCUCGACCACAACCACUGCUUUGACCACGAUCGUCUCUCCGAAGAUUUGUGAGACAGUUCCAUUAGGUUAUGGGCACUAAGUGGUGAAACAUUGAUGGAGAUGGUUGGUGACACUUCCAUUGUGUAUUCAGUGGAUUCACAUGCUUCCGAAGUCAUUGUUAGUGGGAGUGAAGAUUGUUCGGCAAAGAUAUGGAAAGAUGGAAUUUGUGUCUAGAGCAUUGAGCAUCCUGGUUGCGUUUGGGAUGCCAAGUUUUUGGAAAAUGGAGAUAUUGUCACAGCUUGUUUAGAUGGAGUAGUACGUGUCUGGACGGCAGAACAGGAAAGAAUUGCUGAUCCCCAAGAAUUGGAGUUAUUUGCUUCAAGACUGUCUCAGUAUAAGUUGAAGAGGUGCCCCACAACAGCUGCCACACACACACACACACACUCACAAAGAGGAAGUUCCAAAAUCCUUUGGAAGAGGGUUGGAGGAUUGAAAUUGGAAGAAUUACCUGGGAUGGAUGCUUUACAAAUUCCAGGCUGUACUGGAGCUUGUCAUAAUCUUCCCAUGUUGCCUCAUGAGGAGGGAGACCUUGCCAUUUAAUCAAAACCUCACAGCUUCCUCUUUUAUUCUUCGAGUACCCAAAUAUUUCCUCCGGUAUAGAUUUCCACUCGUGAGUUUCAGUAACGUAAGGCAGCAUGUCUGUCUGUACAAGUUGAUGAUCACCAACCAUUUUUUUGAGUUGGGACACAUGAAACACUGGAUGGAUGGAAGCGGAUGCUGGCAACUCUAGCUUAUACGCAACCAGUAUGAUGCGUUCCACAAUCGUAUAAGGCCCAAAGAACUUGGGGGAUAGUUUCUCAUUUUUCUUUUGUCGUAAUGAGAUCUGUCUAUAGGGCCUAAUCUUCAGGAAGACCAUAUCGCCAACUGCAUACUCCACAUCAUGACGCUUCAAGUCUACGUUAUUUUUCAUCUUGUCUGUGCGACGAAUUAGUGUUCUUUUAGGACUCCCAGAAUUUCAACUCAUGCCUUGAGCUAUUCGUUUAAGGUAGUGUUUGGAGUGUCCCGGUCACCAUAAAACAUCAAUGGUGGUGGCAUACGUCCAUAGAUAGCCUGAAAUGGAGUGACCCCUACGGAUCUCUAAAAAGUAGUGUUGUACCAAUAUUCAGCCCAAUGUAUCCAUUUUGACCAUUCCUUAGGCCGUUCUCCACAAAAACAUCGCAGAUACGUCUCCACUCCCCUAUUAACCACCUCAGUUUUCCCAUCCGACUGAGGGUGAUAAGCGGUGCUUCGAUUUAAUCGGGUGCCUGCCAUUUUGAACAUUUCUUGCCAAAAGUUGCUCAAGAAUACCUUAUCUCGGUCGGACACUAUCGAUUUGGGAAAGCCAUGAAGUCGGACAAUCUCCUUAACAAAUAUAUUUGCUGAAUCUGUCCACCACUACAAAGAUGACUUCGAAACCAUUCGAUCUUGGUAAGCCCUCGAUAAAGUCCAUAGAUAUAUCGCUCCAAAUAUUGUUUGGACUGUCCAGGGACAGCAGCAGUCCGGUGGGGGAUAGUGCUAGGGAGUUGUUCUUCUGACAUAUUACACAUUCCUCACAAUACUUCUUAACAUCCGCCUUCAUUCCUUCCCAAUAUAGCUCACCAGUUGGUCGUUUGUAUGUGCAUAAAAAUCCAGAAUGGUCUCCAAGUACCGAAUCAUGGUAAGUAUGUAGGAUUGUGGGUAUCAAUGUAGAUGUUUUGGACAGCACAAACUUAUCCUUAUAUCUUAACAUACCUUGUCGGAUGGAGAAUUUACCCUCUGUUCCUUCUUCCAUUGCUUGUAGUUCUUCCAUUAUUUUGCUCAACUUUUCAUCCGCUUCGACUUCCUUUUUAAUCACCAGAAUGUCAACCAAUGUAGGAGCUGUUAUGCUACCGAGGUUAACUGUAGGAGGCAUCCAAGACAAGGCGUCUGCUGCUUUAUUCUCCAAGCCGGGUUUGUAGACCACCUCAAAUGAGUAUCCCGUUAGCUUCGCUACCCAUUUCUGAUACUGAAGCUGUAUCACUCUUUGUUGUAAUAAGAACUUCAAGGAUUUCUGAUCGGUCUUCACAAUAAAUUUUCUUUCCAACAGAUAUGGUCGCCAUCGUUGCACAGGCAAGAUUACUGCCAUUAAUUCCCUUUCAUAUACAGGCUUGGCCCUAUCUCUUAAGGCUAACGUAUGGCUAAAGUAUGCUAUGGGGCGCUUGGCUUGGACGAGUACGACUCCUACCCUAUAUCUCGAUGCAUCUGUUUCCAUUUCAAAGGUGGCAUUGAAAUCAGGCAACACCAAAACGGGCAGGGUCAUCAUGGCAUUCUGUAGUUGUUGGAAUGCCUCCUUAGACUCCUCAGUCCACUGGAAUCCCCCUUUCCUAAGUAGUUGAGUCAAUGGUGCGACAAUGAAGCCAUAGUGCUGAACGAACUUUCUUUAGUAACAGGUGAGGCCUAGUAAUCCUCGUACCUCUCUUAUAUUACUGGGUAUAGGCCAUUCCCUGAUUGCUCUGAUUUUCUCGGGGUUCACUUCAACUUCUUGUCCUGAAAUGAUAUGACCCAAAUAAUCAAUACGUUCUUGCGCGAAGCUGCACUUCUUCUGGUUUGCAUAUAACUCAUUCUUUCUCAGGAUUUCCAAUGCUAACCCAAUGUGCUUCAGAUGAUUUUCCAAGUUCUCACUGUAGAUUAGUAUGUCGUCGAAAAAUACUAAUAUGAACUUCUGCAAAAAUGGUUUAAAUAUUGAGUUCAUUAGAGCUUGGAAAGUGGAUGUGGCAUUAGUUAAGCCGAAUGCCAUAACCAUAAAUUCAUAGUGUCCAUCAUGUGUUCGAAA